CGAGGGAACGCCUCUAUACUGGCGUACAGAUAGCCGUGGACUGUAGCGUGCUUCCACUGAGCGAAGCAUGAAGACAACCCGCCCUAGGUAGAGACAGUCUGUUCAUAGAGACGUGGCGUCGUUAGUUCUAAUUGAAACUCUGCACCCCAGUGUUGUUGUUUUUUCUUCUCUCGGAAUACUUGGCAAUAGCCUUCGAUAAUGGUCUCAAGUGAUGGUUGAUGGUUUAUUUCAUCAUCUUGCUGAAAACGAACAGGAUACGCUAUGCCAUUUCGUUGACUGUGUAAACAAGAGGAUUAGAAAUUCCAAGGAGUUUUACAACUAUGUAUUAAUGUGUCAUUCAAGUUAUUACAACUAAAAGCGGGUUUGUUUCAAACCCGACUUUACUGAUACAAAAUAAUACUAGAAAAAAAUUGUGAUGAAUUAUGUGAUAUGGAAUCCAAUUCACAAAGUGAGCGUGGAGACCUGUUGAUUCUGAAUGGAAGAGAGGCGACAGUGUCGGAAACGAGGCCGAAUGUCGCUCUAAUAGCGGGAGAGAACUUCACUACAAGUUCCACGGUUAAAAAUCCGGACGUGAAUGUGCAAGCCAACACCCGAAAAAGCCGGCACAAAAGAGACAAAGUCAAAUCCCAAGACGUAAUGGCCAAUUACGGGUCUUCCUCUGACACCAAAGUUAACCCCAAAGAGAACGGGCUGUCGCCCAGACCAUGCUCAAAGAUCCUGCUGUGGAUAUUUGCUUGUUUCGCUCUGACGUUGGUGUGCCUGGUAACGGCGUUCAUCGUUUGGACUCUGGUCUCCUACCAGAGCACGAUCUCCAGACUGGAGGCCAGGAUACUCAGGCUGGAGGAAGCCCACGAGGAUUACCAGCACAAAAUAGAGGCGUACGUUCAUCGAACUGUGGACGAGAUAUUGGUCAAGAAAACUGAAGCUGUCAAUGUCAGGAGUAUAGAGAAAAGAUCCAGCAACUGUAAAUGUAUUGGAAACCCUGGUACACCAGGACUUCCGGGACCAAAAGGUGAUGUUGGCCCUAUGGGCUCUAAAGGAGAAAAUGGUUUUCCGGGACCAAUUGGCCCACCUGGUAAAUCAGGAGAGUCGGGUUCACCAGGACCAAAGGGUGAAAAGGGAGAGAAGGGUGCAGAAGGGGAUCCAGGUAUUAAAGGGGAAACAGGAUUGCCAGGCUAUGACGGUAAACCUGGAGAUGCCGGUGAAAAGGGCGACAGAGGCCCUCCUGGUUUGCCUGCUGGACUCGAGGCUGGCGAGUGGGAGCCCAAAAUAAUAGAGCUAAAAGGGGAGCCAGGAGAAAGAGGCCCACCUGGAAUGAAAGGGGAGCAAGGAAACACUGGACUCCCAGGAUACGAUGGAGUUAUUGGACCACCAGGAGAAAGGGGACCUCCAGGACCAAUGGGGCCACCAGGACCCCCAGGGAGAGAUGGCGCUGUAGGAGCACAAGGGCCCAGAGGAGAGAUGGGAGUGCCCGGUCUACCGGGAAUCCCAGGUCGUCUUGGCAGGCAAGGUCUUGCAGGGCCACCGGGGCCUAAAGGAGACACUGUGUUCAACGGGAGACCAGGCCCGAAAGGCGCCCUUGGCUUGCCGGGUCCUGCUGGCCCCAUAGGGCCAUUGGGCAUGCCAGGACGUACAGGCCCCGCUGGGCCCCCUGGACCCUCUGGUGAGAAGGGGGACCGGGGCAAGAGGGGAUUCAGGGGCAGACGAGGCGAACGUGGCAAAACAGGAUACACUGGGUUUCCAGGACCUCAGGGCCCUCCUGGCGAGCCAGGAGGUCCUGGUCCCAGGGGUAUGAAAGGAAGUCUAGGACUGCCUGGCCAGCAGGGUCCUAAAGGCAGCCCGGGCGUACCUGGAAGAAAUGGGCUAGAUGGACUAAAUGGACAGAUAGGACCACCAGGCGAACCAGGCCGUAAAGGAGAGUCAGGUGAACCAGGUCAAUCAGGCUCCCCAGGAAUGAUUGGACCUCCUGGACUACCAGGACCACCAGGUGAACCUGGCAUUAUUGAAGGAGCUGGAAGUGGAGAAAUGUUUCCAGGACCACCUGGGCCACCUGGGCCAAUGGGUCCAAUGGGUCUACAAGGUCAACCAGGUAUUAAGGGAGAUAGAGGCCCCUCUGGACCAGAAGGUGUCAAAGGCCCAAAAGGUGAGCCAGGGGACCCAGGAGCCAUUGGAUUGCCUGGCCCUCUAGGAAUACCUGGGGCACCGGGACCACCAGGACCACCGGGUAUUGCUAGCAAUGAAGACGGCACUUGCCAGUGUACUAAAGGGGAAAAAGGAGAUCGUGGACCACCGGGAGUUUCGGGUCUACCUGGUACUAGAGGUCAAGAGGGUAAGCCAGGUAAAAGAGGCAAGAAAGGACUUCGGGGUGAUAAAGGAGAACCGGGAUCAACAGGUUUAGAUGGACCCUGUCCAAUGGAUGCCAAUGGUUUACCAAUCCCUGGAUGCAAUGCUAUUCCAACUGGGCAAUUGCACAUUUGAACCCCCCACUUUUCAAAGAAAAGAAAAACUCGUCCUUGAAACUUAUCUCCUCACCAAAAUAAUGUUGUUGUUCACUGGAAACUUGAAUAGUGAUCCUUUGAGGCAAGCAAUGAGAGAGGCAAGACUAAUGACCGUAAGAUAGACAUUUAAGUUUCAACGCAGCUGGUCAUUUUGAAGAGUCGCCAAGUUUAUUAUUGAAUUCAAUGUUCAGACUUUUGCUGUACUAAAUGUUGUUGUCUAGAAGUAACUGUUUGUGUGUGUGUUUCACUUCAAGCAAGAAGACAUAAACAUGUGUGUGAUAUAUGUUCUAAGUUUUAGUUUGUCAAAUUGGAGCCUGAAAAUAGAAUGAUUGUUAGUGAUCUAGAACAUAAUAAAAACGUUUUUGUGCUUGCUUGUAACUUAUAUUAAAUAUUAAUACAUUGUUGUUGUUGUUUUUAAUAUACAUUUUAAAAAAUUAUUAUAAUGGACAGAAAUUCUUAAACUACUGUCAAUCUAUUUUAUUAUUUAUAUCAUUUUUAUCUUUUUUUUUUUAUAUUCUGUAAUUGCAGAAUACUUGAAAUAGAAAUAAAUCACUUAAUUAAAAUUUGCUAGGCAGUAGAAUACAAUUCAAACUUCUUUGUUUUGGCAUAAGAAAAUGAUUUCCAAAAAUAGCUUUUCAAGGCUGACACAUCUUCUGAUGGGUGCUUUAAAAUAUCUCCUUUUAUAUUAGAGCUAACAAUCUUGAAUUAAACUAAAAGACGUGUUUUGUUUCAAAAUGUAUUUAUAUUUAACUUAAUACAAUAACUUUUUUGUAUGAAAUAUUAAAUGUUGCCAUUGAUAGUUACAUUCAACAAAUCAUACAUUAAUUACUUACUUAUGGUGUGUGGAUAAUUGUGCUUACAUUACUAUAGGGCUUUAGCAUUAUUUAUUAGUCAUUGGGUGCCAGAUCCAUGACACAAGGAAUGCAUAAUGUUUGAAUUAAGUUUCUAGAUAGAUAACCUUCUGUACUGAUAUUAUCUUCACAUGAUCAGCAUUUAUAGAUUCUUUGUUUGCACCACCUUCCAGAAAUGUUAAGGGCAUUCAAAGCACAUUUUUCCAUCCCAAUAGACAAUUAUUUCACCAGGUAUAUUUCUACCAUUAUAUGUCGCAGUAGACUGUGGGAGUCACGUCGUGCAAUAUUGUAUUGUUACUAAAUGUGUAUGAUUCAUUCACUAUAUCAUAACUUUGAAAUAAAAAAAAUGAAACAUACAUUGUUUGAAGACCAUCGAAAUAAAAGUUUUGUAAGAAGUGACUCGCUAAAAUCAUUAUACAAACAUUUAAAAGGUUCUUGGUGUAUUAACGCCAAUCCUUCUUACACUAUUCUUUGUUUUGUCUCGCAGAUUUUGGUGAUCACUGCACUGGGUUAUUGAGACAGUGUCAAUGUUGCCUAAUUGUUUUUCUUAGAUAUAUUUAGAACUACAUUAUCAUCUCAAACACGGGUUUCGUUGUUUCCUCUAUAAAUAGAUCUAGUUCUAGCUAAGUCAAUUCACGUUAUAAGAAUAUAAGCCCUGCCAUUCUCUUGAUACUGUCACAUUAGAUGCAUGAACUCUGUGUUUUUAUGUUUUAUUUUUGUUUAAGCCACAGGGAUUCCAUUGUAUAUAGUUUGUUUUAUUUCACCCAGGAGUAUUGUUUUUAAAUAUGGUCGCGCCACAGUAGUCAUCUGUGCUUUGAGAAGCACUGAUCCCUGAAUCAAUACACAAGUCCAUCUUGUGUGGCAGAGUGAGUUGAUCAAACACUGAUAGUUUUUCCUUCAAAAGUUUCCCAUUUUUUAAAGUCUCUGUAUAAUUAUAAUAUUUGGUCGGCUCAAUAAGAAAUAGACUGUCAUAUUGAAAAUCCCAUGCCAUACAUACCUUGAUUUUUUAGAUGUAGCCUGGGUCUUUUUUUUUAAUAUAUCAAAAGUGAUUCAUUGAAUUAUUUAUUUUUUUUUGUGGGAGUAUUAAAUACACUUUUUUUUCUGGACUAAAUCGUAGAUCUAUAUUCAAACAUUAAAUCUUGUCCUGAGUAUCUUUUAUAUCAAUAUAAUGCAGUCUUGUCUUACCUUCGUUACCUGCCCUUAUCUGUAUCGAUCCUACUUCUGUUACUAAGUGUUCAAAAAUGUCCCGCGUUUUAUAACGUCAUCCUUGACUUUUCCCAAAUGACGACUGGUAGCUAUUUUUAGACAUUACGUAAUCUCUACCUGGCUAGCUUUUACUAAUCCUUAUCAAGAGAAAAUGCUCCACACUUUGAGUCAGAUUUGUUUUCUUUCAAAUCGAAUGUAUUCACGACAUAGAUUGAGGCAGCUCAGCAACAAUCUACUUCGCAUCGCAGGUCAUUUCAAUGUGAAUUAGCCUACAUCUGAUACAUGCAAAAAAAAAAAAAAAGCUGCCUGGAAGUAUGGUAUGCGCCCUUUACAGUUAACCCUAUGGUCUCGGGUUCAAACCCUCCAUGCUACCACCCCUUUCGUCCUGCAUGAGAAAUGGGCUGGGGGGGUGGGUAGUAAUCUUCAAAUCUGAAGAAAUAUCUAAAACAUGUAAAACAAGGAACAUAGAAUGUUUGUUUUGUUUCUCCACACAUCUGAAACAUAGAUAGACUGAUUUCCAGUCCCAAUUUAAAACUAGAAUUAAAAAAAAAAAUUUGUUUUUAUGCGUAGACACAAUCUAACACACACACACACAUACAGUCUCGUUGAAACACGUGCACAGUCACAUGUAGGCUGUUUUGGGUUUUGUGAUGAUUCGUUUGUGUUUUUUUUUUCGGCCUUUUUUUUUUAAAUUUAAUUUGAUUUAAAGAUAUAAAUAUAAAAAUAUGCCUAGCUAAAAUGAUUCAUUAUUGCCGAGAAUUAUAGUCACUAUAAAAAAUACACGGAUUCUGAAAUGUAUUGAAUAAAUAUAUAGGCCUAAGUCAAGCAACUUUUUGUUUGUACAUUUUGGUUCAGUUUGUGCACACACACACGCACUAGCCUAAAACAAAACAGCAGAAAAUACAUGUAUUACACCCAACCACACUUCUUUAAAUACUUUUAGUGUCAGUGAAAUAUCACAACUUUCCGUGAGACUGGAUAGUGAGAUCUAUUAAUGUUAUCACGUUUAAUUAUAUCAAGUUACAUACAUUGAGUGCAGAGUGGGAGGCCUCCUGAUUACCUCGACAUGUUUGGUGUCUCUAGGCAUCACUUACUACUUCUGAUUGAUUUGUCAUUUAUUUAUAUAUAGCCUGUACUGCUGUACAUUUUUAUAUGUGUAAUAUUAAUUAUUUGAAUAUACAGUAAUAUUGAUUUUUAAAUAUACAGUACUAUUGAUUAUUUAAUAUACAUCACGUCAUAAUUUUUUAAUUGUUCUUUAUGUUUUGAUAUUAAUUGUCAAUUCGAUUCUUGAUUGUUAUUGUCUCAAUAUUAAAAAUCACUUGGCUAGCUCUUCUGCACUAGAAACUACAACUUCGGUGUGUGUGUGUCUGGUUUAUUAUUGUCUGCAUUUUCCACUUUUGUUUUAUCCAGAGUCUCUCUCUCUCUCUCCUCUGUCUGGGUGAUCUCGUCUAGAAUUGUUUCUGUUGUAGGCUACACGUGGGCUAACCUCGCUUUGUCGCCACGAAAUUUCCAGUAAGACAUAUGACAAAAAAAAAGACAAUAGCUAAUCUAAUUGCGGUGGAAUCAAUAUUAUUUUUUUUUUUUACAGGGCAAGUCUUUAAUUAAAUUUAGUUCAUACAAUUAGACCUACAUAGUCUAGGUCACUACGAAGGUUAAUAGGUCUACCGAUUUCCUUUCAGCGACGUUCCUGCGAUAGAAUUGUGAAUGUUAUUUUUUGUCCGCCACUUCUCACAAAGGCUAGGUCGACUGUCAACAAAGGCCAUGUCGACUGUCCACAAAGACCAUGUCAACUGUCAAUAAAAGCCAAGUCAACUGCCCACAAAGGCAAUGUCCACUGCUUACAAGGGCAAAUAGUUUUGUUAUAAAUGCUUCAUCAGGACGUAUUGUAUGUUAAAAGAUAAUACGCCUUGAUUUAAACCACAUGCUAACGACGCUGGCCAAGUGGACACUUCCCUUAAGGGAUCACCACAAAGUUGUACAUUUGGAUACUUUUAGUUUACCAAACUAAUGUACCGGUAUCUUCCAUAACAUAUUAGUAAAACUGUGGGAAUACUUAGAAGAAAAAAAAAGGUACGUGUUUCAAGAGAGAUUACACUCAAUGUUUCAGAUCGUGUGUUUUUGGUAUUUAGCUCAGUCAUUGUCAGUAACGGGUCUGUCUUUGCGGGGAAAUGACGUGUAGUGGCCUAGACAACUAAAACGAUUUCGGAUUUCCUCCAAUUGGAGGGUUGGCAAGGUGCGCUCAACAAUCUAAUAAAGAAACUAUGUUGAAAUUAGAAAGUAUAAUAUCAAAUGUACGCCAAGCCUAAAUGAGUUCUUCCACAAAGUUGUAAAUAAAGACAUUUAAAACAAGUACACUAUUGCAAAAAAAAUAAAUAAAUACAUAAAAUAAAUAAAUAAUAAUAAUAUAAUAAAAUUUCUUAAUAACUUAUGUGAGGUCUGGGUGACUAAAACAUUAAGAUUGGGGCCACAUAAAUGGCAAUAGUCAGUCUCUAGUUGGAACAACUCGCACAAUAAAUGUCACUUCAAAGAAUUUUUAAUUACGUUUCCAGAGUCAUCAAAAUUAUAAUUCAAUAGAUUUUGGACUGCACUGACACAGAUGCAUGCAUUCAUCAUGGAAGUACCACCGAUCUGUUGUGCGCAUGACUUAGACUAAUCUGUCUUGCUCACAUCAUUUUUUAAAAAUAUUGUGUAAAGUUGUACAUUAUAAGAUAAUUACUUUGUAUUUUUGUGUAUACAUUUCUAUAUAUUAGAUUCAACUACUACAAACUACUCCUUAAUUUAAAAUGAAUGUUAAGAGUAACGUAUCUUGUCCGUUCUGUGUCAAUGUGUGAGCAAAGUUCUAUGUUGUGAUUCUGUCUUACUUCCCUUUAGCUGUUCUAUUUAUAGACGUGUAGAGUUCUAAUGAUUGUUUUGUCUGUCGAGCUACUUCUUAUUCAAAUGUAUGACCAUAGACAUCUAUCUAUCUAUGUCUAUGUGUAUGACUUACAACGUUGAAAUGUAAAACUUUGAAUGUACUUUGACAAAGGUAAGAAAUAAACGAAACAAAAUA